AUGGAGAAUUUUACAAUGCGAGAUGAAGCGGUCCGAGAUCGCGUGCGAGCUGCCACAGAAUUUCUCGAUCCAAGCGAUCAGCGAGCCCGAAGGUUGGCGCUUCUCUUCACCCCUUCGCGAACCCUGACCUCGAUUCUAAAGUUGUUGAUGCUGAAUCGUGGACUGCGCCGCCUUACGGUCAGCUUAGACGAGAUUCGAGCACAUAAUCGAGAACUUGCGAAUGGUCUUCUCACUCAGCCGUUUGAAUACUCCCAAGCAUUCGAUCAUGCUUUGAGAGACGUUAUCCAGACGUUAGAUGUGGAGUCAACGAGGCGAACAAAGGAAGAAAUCGAGGACACGGCGUGGUAUUGUGCUUAUGUUGGGGCGUUUGGCGAAUAUGCCUGCAAUCCACGUACCCUCAGCUCGUCUCAUCUAAACCGAAUGGUCGCAUUGGAAGGUAUUGUGACGAAAUGCUCAUUAGUUAGGCCAAAGGUGGUCAAAAGCGUCCACUACAAUCCGAAAAAAGACAAUUUUCUGGUUAGAGAAUAUCGGGAUCAAACUAUGACUGCAACUGGCGCUACCAGUUUGAAUGUCUAUCCGCAGGAAGACGACCAAGGAAACCCACUGGUUACAGAGUACGGCUAUUGCAAGUACCGCGACCAUCAAAUGAUAUCGAUUCAGGAAAUGCCAGAAAGAGCACCAGCUGGUCAGCUUCCUAGGGGUGUUGACGUUAUACUUGACGACGACCUAGUAGAUAAGGUGAAGCCAGGCGACCGAAUACAGCUCGUCGGAAUAUAUAGAUCUCUUGGAAACCGGAACGCGAACUCCGGCAGUUCAACAUUCCGUACAGUGAUUCUCGCCAAUAAUAUUAUACACUUGGCAUCAAAGUCAGGUGGCGGAGUUGCGCAAGCGACAAUCACCGAUACAGAUAUUCGCAACAUAAACAAGUUAUCCAAAAAGAAAAAGGUUUUCGAGUUGCUUUCGCAAUCUCUCGCCCCAAGUAUCUACGGUCAUGACUAUAUCAAGAAGGCCAUCCUGCUGAUGUUGCUUGGAGGAAUGGAAAAGAACCUUGACAACGGAACGCAUUUGCGUGGAGAUAUCAACAUUCUAAUGGUUGGCGAUCCUUCUACCGCAAAAUCCCAGCUUCUUCGCUUUGUUCUCAACACUGCGCCCUUGGCAAUUGCAACUACUGGCAGAGGUUCGUCCGGUGUUGGUCUCACGGCAGCAGUUACAACUGACAAAGAAACGGGCGAGCGAAGACUAGAAGCGGGCGCUAUGGUACUUGGAGACAGGGGCGUUGUGUGUAUCGACGAAUUCGAUAAAAUGAGUGAUAUCGAUCGGGUUGCCAUCCACGAAGUGAUGGAACAGCAGACGGUCACCAUAGCAAAGGCCGGCAUUCACACCACGCUCAAUGCUAGAUGCAGUGUGAUUGCUGCCGCGAACCCUAUCUACGGACAAUAUGAUACGCACAAGGAUCCUCAUAGAAACAUUGCAUUGCCUGAUUCGCUAUUAUCUCGUUUCGAUUUACUUUUCAUUGUGACUGAUGAUAUUGAAGAUACUAGAGAUCGACAAGUAUCUGAGCAUGUCUUGCGGAUGCAUCAAUAUCGCAAACCAGGAACCGAAGAAGGCGCCCCAGUGCGGGAACAAGUUGAUAACAACUUAGGAGUCGGCCUUGAGGCGAAUGAAAACGCUAAUGCACCGGCUGAAGUUUAUGAAAAAUACAAUGCCAUGUUGCAUGCCGGCAUGACAAUAACAUCGGGUCGAGGGGCUGGAAGAAAAGUGGAAGUUGUUAGCCUGCAGUUUGUAAAGAAAUAUAUUCAAUAUGCGAAAUCUCGAAUAAAGCCGGUACUGACCAAAGGAGCCGCCGAUCACAUCGUCACUACAUAUUCCGCCCUUCGAAACGAUGAAUUGACCGGAAAUCAGAGAAAGACGUCGCCGAUGACUGCGCGUACUUUGGAGACAUUGAUCCGUUUAUCUACCGCCCAUGCAAAAUCCCGUCUCUCCAACAGAGUUGACGAGAAAGAUGCCAAGGUUGCAGAAUCAAUUCUCCGUUUCGCUUUGUUCAAAGAAGUGGUAGAAGAUGGUAGACGCAAGCGGCGGAAAACAGCAAACAUGCCCGACUCCGACUCCGACUCGAAUGACUCUGAUGACGAUGGAGACGACACUCAACGGACCGCACGAGGAUCUACCGCUACCGGCCCACGUUCAAGCAGACGUCGCGGGCAGCCCGGAAGAUCAAGGAGUACUCCCGGUGCUAUCGACGAUGAUGAUGAAUACGCAGGAAGCUUGGGCAACUCCCAGAUGGGUAGCUCGUCUCGCCAAACACGCAGUCAAAUAACCACACAGGGUGAAUCCCAAAUGUCAAUGGCAUCCUCUCAGCCCGCCUCAGAGCUUCUCCAAACACAAACGGAGAGCAUAGAGUCCCAGGAGCGCAUAAUUCAAAACGCUGUGGAAGCUGCAUCAACCGCACCUGCUCUAUCCGCCGAGCGGUUGAACGCAUUUCGUUCCGCUUUGGGCCCCUUGAUGAGAUCCGACCUUUUCCAGGGCGAGUCAGCGACGGUGCAGCAUGUCCUCGAUGCUGUGAACUCGUCGAUACGUAAUUCAAAUUCGCAGGCUGCUGUGUUUGAGCUCACAGAAGCGGUGCAAGCUCUGAAUGUAAUGAAUGACAGGAACGAGGUUAUGUACUUGGGAGAGGAAACUGUUUAUCGUAUCUAA